AUGCCUGGUGAUUCGAGAAAACAAUUUCUCCUUGCAACUGCUGCAAAUUAUUUCAGUUUGCCAAUAAAUGAUAAUGUAUUAGGAAGUCUACAGAAUUCAUCAGCACUCAAUAGCUUCCUUGAUGAUGGCAACUGUUCGGUUUUAUCGGCUUCUAAAGAUAAUAAAUCUGGACAGAGUUUCCAACUUUCUAACAAGGUUGAAUCAGGAGAAAGUAAAGAUAAUGUGAUAGUUUUCUUUAAAACUAAACCAGACGUACUGAAUCCUGACAAUAUUCAUAAAAAUGUCAUUGUAUCAUCCAUGGUAGACAGUCCUUUGAGUACCCUCUACCAUGCGGUUCAGAAAGUCUACGCUCCUAUUUUAUUAGAAGAUGGUAGAUGGAGUCGAGGACUAGACCCAAAAUUACAGAGUUUGUUAAGUGAAUUGGAAGCAGGAUUAGGAAGUACUAUCCGAAGAACUGAUCCUUCAUUCCGUGGAAAAGAUGGAUCCGAAGACAAUCUUGGAAAUAUUCUAUCUCCUAUGGAUGAGUUCAACUAUUGGUCUGAUGUGGCUCACAGUGGAAGAGGUGAAAGUAAAGAUAGAGCUCAGUGUUUUCUGGAUCUCUUUAAACCAAUCUCUAAAGAUUAUGGUGGAUUGGAGACCAUGCCAUUUCAAGAUGUGAUGGAAUUGGUGGAGAUAACUCAAGAUACAUUAGAUGAUAUCUGGAAGCAGGGAGAUUAUGACCCAUCCUACCCUGAAAAUAGAAUGAAACAUUUGAUGGAUGUUAUAGGUGGUUCAUUGGCUAGAUAUUGUCAGAAGAAACUGUCAGAAGAAGAUUUAUGGAAUGGAGUAUUUAGUCCAAUAAGAGAAGCCUUGAGAUCUGGUUUAACUAUCUGUGAACGUUGGGUAUCAGUUUGUGAGACUCUUACUCUUCAGUUCUGGAGGCGUUAUGCUCCUCAUUCAUGGAAGGGCGAGAAGUUUGUGCCUGAAAAUAUCAAAAAACUUGGUGAGAGAUUGGAAGAGAUACUAUCAUUGAGGACUGUUCAUGAGCAUAUUCUAAGAUUAUUAUCAUCAUCUGAACAGAAAGAUCUUCAAGUAACUGAUGCUUUUACACCCUUCCUGGGUCUAAAUCCCUUACAGUACAAUCCAUAUACCAAACCAUUAUGGGAUGCUGCUGUAGCUCAAUAUGAAAGAGCCAUGGGUCCUGCCGAACAGAAAAUAGCAGCUAAAUUAAGAGGACAGUUUAGAGGACUAGAUGGUUAUCCUCAACAGCUACUGAGAGAGUUCCAGAGAUAUAAAGCUUUGAUUAAAAGACCCACAAUUAGAAGAGAGAUGGCUUCAGAGAGAGAAACUCUGUUAGGACAACUGACAGUCUAUGUUAGACAGAUUAGUGAGGAUUUUAAUGCUCGUAUUGGAGGACGUGGUGGGAAAUCUAUACCAAAAGGCAAAAAUCUGCCAGAUAUUGUUAAUAACAUAAUAUAUGUUAGACAACUUGAAGCCAAGAUUGAAGAAACUAACUUAGUAGCUGAAAUGUUAUUAGGAGAUUUAACAGGAUUCCAGAAGUUUAGAAAGAGUGCCUCAGACCUGUCAGAAGAGUUACAAUCCUGGAGACGUGAUCAGUUUGAUGAAUGGUCCCGUGAUAUGCAAUCCAUGAUUGAUGACCCUAAACAACCUAUCAGCUUAGAGACAAAUGGUAGACUAAUGGAACUAAAUCAUAAAGAUGGUAAACUACGAGUCAACUAUAGUGAAAGACUAGUUACGUUGUUAAGGGAAGUUAGACAACUCUCAGCUAUAGGAUUUGCUGUUUCAGCUAAAAUACAACAUGUAGCUAAUGUCGGUCAGAAAUUUUAUCGACAUGGGGUGGUUCUUAAACAGGUGGCCCAUUUCUAUAACACUAUAGAUAAUCAGAUGAUAGCUAGCCAACAAGCUAUGAUGCUGGAUUCAGCCAUGGCUUUUGAAAAACUGGUGAAAAAUCCAAAAUCUGGUAAUAAAGCCAAAGGUGAUGAUGUACAAGUUACAUGGGAUAAUCCAGAAGAAUUAGAAAGUUAUAUUAAAAAGUUACAAGCUGCAGCCGACAGACUUACAACUGAAAACAGACGUCUUAGAAAAUCUCAUUUUGUUGUUUCUGAUAAGGUUCAACAACUGAUGGGUAUUGAUCUACUGAGACAUCAGUCUAAAUGGAAAGAUGGUUUAAUGGAAAUCAGACAACUGAUGGCUAAUCUUGUUCAACAAGGAUUUUCAGCUGAUAAUAUGAGACCAUGGAAACUACAUUGGGAUCAUCAGUUGUAUAAAGCCCUAGAACAUCAAUAUCAGAUGGGAUUAGAAGCUCUUAAUGAAAAUCUACCUGAGAUCAGAGUGGAACUUACAUACAGACAACAGAGACUACAAUUCCGUCCACCAUUUGAAGAAAUUAAAGCUAAAUAUUAUCGUGAAAUGAAGAAGUUUAUAUCUAUACCUAAUAAUUUUCGUGGUGUAACAGAAACCACAGGUAGUGUGAUCUACACAGCUAUUAUAGAUAGGAAUGCUGAAGGUUUUAUUACUUGUUAUAAGAAGGGAAAUCAACUAUUUGAUAGACUUGGUUCUGUUAUACAUCAAUUCAAGGACUGGAUUAUAUUAGGAUCUUUAGAUCUAGAUAAGUUUGUUGAAGAUAAUUUGACUGAUAUCCAUCAGUGGGAAAAGAAUUUUAAAGCUCUCAAAGUACGAGGAAGAGAUGCUGAAAAACUACCAAGUCAAAUCAAAGUAGAUUGUAUAACAGUAAAUACAACACCAGUUAAAGCUGUUAUUGAUGACCAUAUACAGAGAUUAUUUGAUGCUCUGUUAAACUCUCUACGUCGUUCUAUUGUAUCAGAAGUUGGUAGUAUUGAUACUUUCCUCAAUACAGCCAUGGAAACUCUGUCUAAACGACCACAGACAGUUGAAGAAAUUGGUGAAGCUAAUGCUAAACAUGCUGAAUUUAAUGCCACUAAAAAAGAGAUCCAACCAUUAUUUCAAAAAGCAGAAGCUAAGAAUAAGUUAUUACGAUCUGUAGCUGGUGGAGGUGUUGAAACUAUCAGUCAGUUACAGGGCCGCUGGGAUAAAUUUGAAUUAAUGAUGGAAUCACAUCAACUUAUGGUGAAAGAACAGGUUGAGGUGAUGAAGAAGAAUGUUGACUCUAGAGUUAAAACUUAUCAUCAAGACAUAGAGAAGUUUUCAGCUCGCUGGCAUCAGUUAAAACCUGGAGAUGAUGCUCUAGAUGGAGACAAAGCUAAAUGUGAUCAUGCUAUGAAUGUUAUUAAAGAAAAACGUGAAGAAUUUGCUGAAUUGGAAGCAACCAGAGCUACACUUCUUUCUGACUGUCAACAUUUUGGACUAGAAGAGCCUGAUUUUGGUGCUGUAGAAGAAUUAAGAAAUGAUAUUAAGAAUUAUGAAUCUAUGUGGGGACUGUAUGAAAACUUCAAUAAUGGAUUACAAGAAUUAGCAAAGGAAGACUGGAUCUCCUUUAGAUCUAAAGCCUAUCUAUUUGAAGAAUUUCUAGGAGGCUGGUAUGAAAAAUUGAAGAAUGAAGAAACAACAACAAUGACUGUUAAACUUCAUAAAGAUAUUGAAAAAUAUAAGACUGUGUUACCAGUAUUAAAAUGGGUACGAGGUGAACCUUUAUCACAAGAUCAUUGGUUAGAAUUGUUCCGUCUGUUACACAUGCCUAAAGGUACAACGUUAGAGAAAUUGAAUUUCGGACAGAUCAUAGCAGUCAGUGACCAAAUUAUUAUUAAUGCUGAUGCUUUAAAGGAAUUGAAUCAAAGAGCACAAGGGGAAGUAACUAUCAGAGAAGCUAUAAGAGAAUUGGAGUUGUGGGGAGCAGACGCCACAUUCUCUCUCACUGAAUAUGAAGACAGCAAUAAAAAUAACAUCAUGUUGAUUAAAGAUUGGAAGGACCUUGUAAAUCAGGUUGGAGACAAUCAAAGUUUGUUACAGUCAUUGAAAGAUUCACCAUAUUUUAAAAGUUUUGAAGAUAAGGCCUCAGUUUGGGAACAACGUUUGGCUGAUUUAGAUGAAUAUCUUCACAACCUGAAUCAAAUUCAACGUAAAUGGGUUUAUUUAGAACCUAUAUUUGGACGUGGAGCUCUACCUAAAGAACAGGGAAGAUUUAAACGUGUUGAUGAUGACUUUAGAUCUAUUAUGCAAGAUGUCCGACGUGAUACUAGAGUUCUAUCUCUAGUUAAUCAGUCAGGGCUACGUAAUUUAUUAUCUACCAUGUUAGAUCAGCUACAGAGAUGUCAAAAAUCACUUAAUGAAUUCUUAGAGGAAAAGCGAUCAUUAUUUCCACGAUUUUAUUUUAUUGGUGAUGAUGAUUUACUGGAGAUUUUGGGUCAGUCAACAAACCCCAAUGUUAUACAAACACAUCUGAAGAAAUUAUUUGCUGGGAUACAUAGUGUAGAGUUUGAUGAAGCUUCUGAACAUAUACUAGCUAUGAAAUCCUUAGAUGGUGAGGUUGUACCAUUGAUCAGAAAAAUUAAAAUUGUGCCAGAAGUCGAGAGUUGGCUUAGCAAGCUUGCAGAUGAGAUGAAGGAUACAUUAAAAGAAUUACUUUUGAACUGUCUGAAAGAUGCCAAGUCAAGUCGUGGUGGUCUGGAUCCCAACAAAUAUCCAUCACAGAUUCUGUGUCUGGCUGAAGCAAUCCGAUUUACCCAGAAUUGUGAAGAAGCCAUACAGAGUAAUAAUCUACGUGUUUAUCUACAAGAACUAGAAGGUCAACUUGAAUCCUAUACCAGUGUAGACAUGUCUGCAGGACAAGAUGUGGAGGCUAAAGUUUUAGAAUUAAAACUCAAGGCUCUGAUAUUAGAUACUAUACAUUCUAUUGAUGUUGUAAGAGAAUUAAUGACAGCUAAUAUUCGUAAAACUUCAGAAUGGCUGUGGAUGAAACAAUUGAGAGUUAACAUGAGAAAAGAUGGUGUAUGUGUAUUAAGAAUGGUAGAUGCUGAGUUUGAGUAUACCUAUGAAUAUCAAGGCAAUGCUCAGAAAUUAGUUCACACCCCACUUACAGACAAAUGUUACCUUACACUCACUCAAGGUAUGCAUAUGGGAUUAGGAGGUAAUCCUUAUGGACCAGCUGGUACUGGUAAAACAGAAUCAGUUAAAGCUAUGGGUGGUUUAUUUGGAAGACAAGUUUUGGUUUUUAACUGUGAUGAGGGAAUUGAUGUGAAGUCAAUGGGUCGAAUAUUUAUUGGUUUAGUAAAAUGUGGAGCCUGGGGAUGUUUUGAUGAAUUUAAUCGGCUUGAAGAAGCUGUAUUAUCAGCUGUUUCUAUGCAGAUUCAAGUCAUACAAGAUGCUAUUAAAAAUAAAGUCAGCAGAAUUGAUCUCCUUGGAAAAAAUAUUGAUAUCAACCAUAACUCUGGUAUAUUUAUAACAAUGAAUCCAGCUGGUAAAGGCUAUGGAGGAAGACAGAAGUUACCUGAUAAUUUAAAACAACUAUUUAGACCUGUGGCCAUGUCAAAACCAGAUAAUGAACAAAUUGCUGAAGUUAUUCUCUUCUCAGAAGGUUUUAAACAAGCUAAAAGUGUUGGCAGUAAACUGGUUGCUAUCUUUAACUUGUCAAGAGAGUUACUGACCCCUCAACAACAUUAUGAUUGGGGUUUGAGAGCUUUAAAAACAGUACUUCGAGGCUGUGGUAAUCUCUUACAGACUACAAAGAAAGCUUUGAAUGGAGUUGAUGGUAAGACAGAAGCCAAGUUAGUGGUACAAGCUUUACGUAUUAAUACACUAUCUAAACUAACAUUCUCUGAUGGUAUCAGGUUUGACUCAUUAUUACGUGAUGUGUUUCCUGGUAUUGAAUUUAAAGAUAUAGAAUAUGAAGAUCUAGCAGAAGCUAUGAGAGAAGUUUGUAAAGAGACCAAUCUUAGUAUCAAUGAGAAACAGAUAAAGAAAGCUCUAGAGUUAUAUGAACAGUUACGACAGAGAAUGGGUGUCGUGGUAGUUGGACCAUCAGGAUCAGGAAAGACAACUCUAUGGAGAAUGUUACGUCAGGCUUUGAAUAAGAGAGGUCAAGUUGUUAAACAAUAUGUAAUGAAUCCUAAAGCUAUGCCAAGAACUCAGUUAUUGGGUCAUAUUGAUAUGGAUACUAGAGAAUGGACUGAUGGUGUAUUGACAUACAGUGCUAGACAAGUUAUUAAAGAGCCACAAGAAGUACAGUCAUGGAUUGUAUGUGAUGGUGAUAUAGACCCUGAAUGGAUUGAAUCAUUAAACUCUGUAUUAGAUGAUAAUAGAUUAUUAACCAUGCCAUCUGGAGAAAGAAUACAGUUUGGACCCAAUGUUAACUUCCUGUUUGAAACACAUGAUUUAAGUUGUGCAUCACCAGCUACUAUUUCUAGAAUGGGAAUGAUAUUCUUGAGUGAUGAAGAUGUAGAUGUUAAAGCUCUAGUUAAAUCUUGGUUAAGUACUCAGCCAGAAUCAGAACAACAUUUAAUAUCAGGAUGGAUUGAAGACUAUUUCUAUAGAGCUCUAGAUUGGGUUUUAAAACAGAAUGAUUUUGUAGUAGAAACUAGUCUGGUUGGAUGUGUAUUAAAUGGGUUAUCCCACUUACAUAAUAUUAAAAAUAAAGCCCACUUUGCUAUCUGUUUAAUACAUGGAUUGGGAUCUAAUAUAUCAGAACAUCACAGGGAGAAAUUUGCUCAAGAGGUAUUUUCUUGGGUAGGUGAAGCACCACCAGAGAGUAGGCGACCACUAGAUGCUUAUUAUGAUGAAUCAGUUGGUCGCCUAAUGACUUACAGUACAGAGGUACCUGAAAACCUUACAGCAGAUCAUUUCACUAUAUCUUCAAACCUACCUGUUAUUCGUACAUCAGAUGUCCAGAGAAGUUUAGAUUAUUUUACACCCUGGUUAGAUCCUGAUAAUAAACAACCCUUUAUACUUGUUGGUCCUGAAGGCUGUGGAAAAGGAUUAUUAUUACGUCACAGUUUUGAACAUCUAAGAUCAACACAGAUAGCAGUUGUACAUUGUAGUGCUCAAACCAACCCCAGCCAUAUUCUACAGAAACUUAGUCAGACUUGUAUGGAGAUCAGUUCUAAUACUGGUCGUUUACUACGUCCUAAAGACUGUGAACGUUUAGUUCUAUAUCUGAAAGAUAUUAAUCUGCCAAAACCUGAUAAAUGGGGAACUUGUCAGAUGAUUUCAUUCUUGCAACAGGUAAUCAUCUAUAAUGGAUUCUACAGUUCUACAUUAGAAUGGGUUGGUUUAGAGAAUAUACAGAUAGUAGCUAGUAUGAAUGCUGUUACUACUCUAGGUCGACAUAAAUUAACUACUAGAUUUACUUCCAUAGUCAGAAUCUGUGUUGUAGGCUAUCCAGAUCAUGAACAGUUACAGACUAUCUAUUCAUCUUAUUUAAAACCUAUUCUACAUAAACAGUUAGCACACCAUCCUGUAUGGGGUAGUUCUUCUAAAAUUAAUACACUAGCUGGUACAAUGGUACAAUUUUAUGAACAGCUCCGAAGUAAAUUUACAGUUGAUGAUUAUGGUCAUUAUUUAUUUGCACCUCGAGAUUUAACAAGUUGGGUGUUAAAUCUUUUGAGAUAUGAUCUAAGUUCAGGAGCCAAUGAAAAUACAUGUGAUACAGUGUUACGAAUCUGGGCUUAUGAAGCACAGCGAUUAUUCCGUGAUAAAAUUGUGGGACUAGAAGGAAGAAAUAGGUUUGAUAAUAUGUUAAUGUCAGCAGUAAGAGCUGAUUGGUCAACUAAUAUCUUUGAUGAAUUAGCAAGUACCUUCUAUGUGACAUGGGGAGCUAGAACUGACAGUGGAGCACCUGCUGUGGCUGCUGGAGCACCAUUACCUAUAUUUGGUAAACCAUUAGGACUACUGUCUAGUGAUGAUCUGAAACAAGUCAUUGAGAAAGGCAUCAGGAUAUAUGGUCGUGAAAAUCGUGAACUUGAUCUGUUGAUAUUUAAAGAAGUGUUAGAGAAUAUGGCUAGAGUAGAUCGUGUAUUGACGAAACCAGGAGGAUCAUUAUUAAUGGCAGGACGUAGUGGUGUUGGUAGGCGUAGUGCUGUAGCUGUAGUAGCCAACAUGCAUCAGAUGGAAUUCUUCUCUCCUAAGACUUCAAGAGGUUAUGGAUUGAAACAGUUUAAAAAUGAUUUGAAAACUGUGAUGCAGUCCAGUGGAAUUGAUGGGAAUCAAGUUGUUAUGGUAUUAGAAGAUCAUCAGUUUGUAGAACCACAGUUUCUAGAGUUGAUAAACAGUCUACUGUCAGCAGGAGAAGUUCCAGGACUGUAUUCUCCUGAAGAAUUAGAACCAUUAUUAGCACCAUUGAGAGACAUGGCUUCCGAAGUUGGAUUCAGAGGAACUAUGGUGAAUUAUUUUGCUUCAAGAAUCAUGUCCAAUCUUCAUAUAGUACUAGUAAUGGAUAAUACUAAUACAUUGUUUACAUUGAACUGUGAGAGUAAUCCUGCCUUCUAUAAACAAUGUUCUGUACAGUGGAUGGAUGGAUGGAGUAGAGAGAGUAUGGUGAAGGUUCCUUACAUGCUGUUGACACGACCACCUAAGAUUGAAGGUGGCUCAAUUGGUGAACAGAAACAACGUCAACGUAAACUUUCUGGUGGAGAAGAAUUAUUGAAAUCUUUUCUUCACGUACAUGAAUCAUGUGAUCCUGUCAACUUAACACCCAGACGCUUUAUGGUAUUCUUAAAUACAUAUCAACAAGUAUAUAAUGAGAAAAAAUCUAGUAUCGAAAAACGACAACAUCAUUUGCAGGCUGGUGUCUCUAAAUUAAAUGAUGCCAAACAUCUAGUAGAUGAGUUAAAGAGUAAAGCAGCAGAACAAAGUAUACAGCUAGCUGAGAAACAACGUGAAGCUGAUAAAGCUCUUAGUGAGAUAACAGUCAGUAUGCAGAAUGCUGGAGAUCAGAAAAAUGAAAUGGAAGUAUUAAAACAACAAGCAGCAGAAGAGAAUAAAAAACUUGAAAAACGUAAAGUGGCUAUAGAUCAAGAACUAUCAGAGAUUGAACCAUUAGUUCAGGAGACUAGGAAAGCUGUAGGAAAUAUUAAAACAGAAUCAUUAUCUGAAAUCAGAUCACUAAGAGCUCCUCCUGAUGUUAUUAGAGAUAUUCUAGAAGGUGUUUUAAGAUUAAUGGGCAUCUUUGAUACAUCGUGGGUCAGCAUGAAAAGUUUCUUGGCUAAGAGGGGAGUAAAGGAAGAAAUCCAGACUUUUGAUGCAAGGAAGAUUAGUUCUGAAAUUAGAAAGAGUGUAGAAGAUUUACUGAGGAAAAAUGGUGCAUCAUUUGAUCCCAAGAAUGCUAGAAGAGCAUCAGUGGUAGCUGAACCAUUGGCAGCCUGGGUUAGAGCUAAUGUUAAAUAUUCCUAUGUCUUGGAGAAAAUAGAACCCUUAGAAUCAGAACAAGCCAUGUUGCGAAAGAAUUUAGAGAAAGCUGAAUCUAAAAUGGAGAGAUUAGGCAGAGAUUUAGAUGAAGUUGAUAAUAAAGUGGCUCAAUUGCGAGCUAGAUUUGAGAAUUUUACUAAAGAAGCUGCAGAAUUGAAGAUUAAAUUAGAUAAAGAAAAUGAAACUAUACAGGCAGCUGAAACUCUGGUUUCUAAAUUAGAUGUAGAAUAUGACAGAUGGAAUGCUCAGGUUGGAGAAUUAUCUAAUGAACUAAAUGCUUUACCAAAACUAGCUUUACUGGCUGCAGGUUUUAUAACCUACCUAUCUUCUGCACCAGAAGAUGUUCGUCGUAGUACUAUAAAAGGAUGGAUGGAUGCUAUUGGUGUGGAAUCAUUUGAGAUCAGAAGGUUUUUGAGUACUGAAAGUGAACAGUUGAUCUGGAAGAGUGAAGGCUUACCAUCAGAUGAGUUAUCUAUGGAGAAUGCUCUAGUCAUCUUACAGGUUAAUAAUUUGCCAGUUGGGAGCUCAUUACGGCCAUUUUUAGUAGAUCCUUCAUCAAGAGCAACAGAAUGGUUAAAAAAUCAUCUUAAAGACAGUCGACUAGAAGUUGUCAAUCAACAGGAUGCUAAUUUUAACACUGCUCUAGAAUUAGCUGUAAGAUUUGGUAAAACAUUGAUAAUACAAGAAAUAGAUCAGAUAGAACCUGUUCUUUAUCCUUUACUUAGAGGUGAUCUUACUGCUCAAGGUCCAAGAUUUGUUGUACAGAUUGGAGAGAAGACUAUAGAUUAUAAUGAAGAGUUCCGAUUAUUUCUAACAACUCGUAAUCCAAGUCCCGAAAUCCCACCAGAUGCAGCAUCUGUUAUAACUGAAGUUAAUUUUACUACAACUAGAGCUGGUCUAACUGGUCAAUUAUUGGCUGUAACAAUACAACAUGAAAAACCAGAAUUAGAAGUGAAGAAAACAGACUUAUUGAAACAAGAAGAGGACUUGAAAAUUAAACUGGCCAAACUUGAAGAUUCUCUAUUAGAGGAACUGGCCAAUGCUAAAGGAAAUAUUCUAGAGAAUAAAGAAUUAUUAGAUUCUCUCAAUAUGACUAAAGCUAGUAGUAUCACUAUAUCAGACUCUUUAACAGAAUCAGUCAGACUUCAAUCUUCAUUAGAUCAGGAAAGAAAUACGUAUCUGCCACUAGCUGAGAAUGGUAGCUGUUUGUAUUUUGUUAUUUCCGAUUUAGCUAAGAUAAACAAUAUGUAUAGAUUCAGUCUAGCUUCUUUCCUUAGAAUCUUUCAAAGAGCACUACAUACACAACAUGAUGGAAGUGGAACUGAAAUGAGAAUAAAGAAUCUAUCUUAUCGUCUACAGCUUAUGAUCUAUGAAUAUGUUUGUCAAUCAUUAUUUAAAGCAGAUAGAUUGAUGUUUGCUAUGCACAUGGUACAUGGCAUGAAACCAAAUAUGUUUGCUGAAAAUGAAUGGGAAGCAUUUACAGGAAUUUUAGUAGCAGAUGUGAAGGCCGAAGGAGGUAGACCUAAUUGGGUGGAUGAAGAAAGAGGACAGGCUGUGGCAGCUUUUAAGACUAACUUCCCUCAGUUAUAUAAUCAGAUGAAUCUAGAUGACGGAUCAACAUGGUCUAAUUUUGCUAGGAGUAGUCAAUGUGAAUUAGAAUUUCCAUCCUCUAUAGAGAAACGUAUUACACCAUUUCAACAAGUUUUAUUAAUACAAGCAGUAAGACCUGACAGAUUACAGACAGCUAUGAGUCAUUUUGCUUGUAGUUUAUUGGAAAUGAAGGAACUGUCUCUACCAACAGUUAAUUUAAAGAAAUUAUAUCAAGAAUCAAUAUCAACUGAACCUAUAUUAGUUAUUAUAUCACCUGGUGUAGAUCCUUCACAAGAAUUACAGGAACUAGCAGUAGAAACAGUUGGUAUGGAUAGAUAUCAUCAGGUUGCUAUGGGUCAAGGACAGAGUGAAGUAGCUAUGCAGUUAUUACAUGAAUGUGCUGUAAAAGGGGAAUGGCUGUGUUUGAAGAAUAUUCAUCUUGUAACAGCCUGGUUACAAACACUGGAAAAGGAACUAAACUCUCUGAAGCCACAUGAUGAUUUCCGAUUGUGGUUAACAACAGAAGUUCAUCCUAGAUUCCCUACUAUAUUACUACAGUCCAGUCAUAAAGUAACUUAUGAGGCUCCACCUGGUGUGAAGAAGAAUCUAUUGAGAUCUUAUGAAACAUGGACACCAGAAUAUAUUAGUCGUGGAGGUAGUGUCAUUAGAUCUCAGGCAUUGUUUGCUCUGACUUGGUUCCAUGCUGUGGUACAGGAGAGAAGAAUGUAUAUCCCACAGGGCUGGACCAAGUUUUAUGAAUUUUCUCUAUCAGAUUUGAGAGCUGGUGCCAAUAUAAUAGAUAGACUAUGUUCUGGUGCAGGUCACGAUGUCCAAUGGCAGUUUAUUCAUGGAUUAUUUGAGUUUGCUAUAUAUGGUGGUCGUGUUGAUAAUCCAUUUGAUAUGAGAGUUAUGGUAUCUUAUUUAAAACAGUUCUUUGAUGCCUCAGUUCUGUCCUCACAAGGAAAGAGUAAGAGAGUUGGUCCACUAAAGAUUCCAAGUUCUACUAGUUAUAAGGAUUAUAUAGAAGCUAUUGAAGCUCUACCAGAAUUUGAUAAACCAUCUUAUUUUGGACUUCCUGAGAAUAUUGAAAGAUCAGCUCAACGUAUCAUCAGUUCAGCAGUCAUUUCACAACUACGUAUAUUACAACGUGCUGAUGUUAAAGCUAGUAAAUUUGAUAAAGAGGUCUGGGCUAAUGAACUAGGACCAAUAUUAAAUCUGUGGAAGAAACUCAAUCAGGGUUCUAAUUUAAUUCAACAGAAGUUAACGCCACCUAGUGAUAAAACUGGUAAACAGUCACCAAUAGUAUCAUUCAUAUUGUUAGAAAGAUAUAAUUCUAUACGUCUAGUACAAACUGUUCAUACUUCACUAUCAGGAUUGAGUAAAGUUAUACGUGGUUCUCAGUUACUAACAAGUGACACACAGAAUCUAGCUGCUGCUCUUCUUAAUCAAGAGACACCAAUAAGUUGGUUGAAGAGUUGGGAUGGUCCUGAAGAUCCUGUACAAUAUUUAAGAGGACUGGUAAACCGAGCUCAGUCCAUGCAGAGCUGGGUAGAGCGUGCAGAGGGAGGUUCAUUAUUACGUGAUACUUUAGAUUUAUCUGAACUGUUCCAUCCUGAUACAUUCCUUAAUGCUCUAAGACAACAGACAGCUCGAGAAAUAGGAUGUUCUAUGGAUAGUUUAAAGUUUGCCUGUAGUUGGAAGGGAAGUAUACAAGGUGCUAACUAUUCUAUCAAGUUAGGUGGAUUACAGUUAGAGGGAUGUAGUUUUGAUGGAUCAAGGAUGUCUGAGAACCAACGUGAUUCACCUAGUGUAUCAGCUAUACCAUCUUGUCAAGUUGCUUGGAUACCAGCUGAAUUACCUGAUCCCUACAGUGUAGAUGAUACCAUGUCAAUACCAAUAUACUACAGUAGUACCAGAGAUCAUAUAGUAGCUAAAUUAGAUCUACCUUGUGGUGGAAAUCAAUCAACAUGGUUACAGUGUGGAGCAGCUCUAUUCCUUAAAAAUCAAUAACUUAUUAGCUUCAAUGUUUAGUUUAGAUUCAUCCUUUUUUUGUAAUUGUGGAUUUGUUUAUUCAAUUUUCUUAUGUUUUCUCAAAUGUUAACUAUUUUAUCAUUGAUUUGUAUAGAUACACCCAUGCUCUAAUGGAUAUACUUCUAUUCUUAUGGAUACACAUAUGCCCUUAUUUGUUAUAAAUAAACCUAUUGUAAUAUGGAUAUGCUCAUGCUUCGGUUAAAUCAAAUCUCAAGGAGUCUAUGCCUGUAAUAUAUAUGAAUUCCCUUGCUCAUAUCAAUUAAAAUACAACUGUAAGCCAAGUAUAAAUUUCACUUUUAGGCAAAAACCCUAACUAAUUUUGUAAUUAGAAGUUUUAGCUAAGUUUAAAUACAAUAUCUCACAUUUGUCCCAUCCUAUGUUGGAAAUCCAAUCAACUUUUCAAACUUGUGAAUUUAAUCCGUCCAAGAAAUAUUUUUUUUCAAUACUUUUAUUAUAAAUUAUUUUUGAUGUUGAUAAUUUAUUUAUUUCUGUGAUAAAAUAUUUAUUAGCUGUU